AUGGCUGCCACCGAAGAUCAGAAUGCUCUAGCCCGCUUCUACAACAACAAACAAUUCUCGGAUGUCAUUGUCAAGUACGGCGAGAACGAAUUGUACGCACACAAGGUCAUUCUUGCAGAACGGUCCGCAUAUUUUGCAAGAGCGUUUCUUGGCCAGUUUGCGGUUGCUUCAAGCUCUACCAUUGAUCUAGGAGAUGAAGAUGAUCCUGAGAUGAUUCGCGAAAUGAUACGAUCAAUGUACGUUCGCGAUGACGCACUCAGAUACUCCGUUAUGCAUCAAGACGAAAGGUCCCUAGCAUCGCUAGUUGAUAUGUUCAUACUUGCCGACAAGUAUGACCUUCCGCAGCUACGCCGCAAGCUCUCCUAUACAUUCGAGGCCAAGCUGGAUGACCAUUACUCUAGCCAUGAAGACGAGUUUAUUCGGACUAUCAUAGCUAGGGUCUGCGGACCUGCUGCCAUCCAGUUCGCCGAUAAGGCCUUGCAGCGCUCGGUUUCAAAGCAUUGUAAGAUGCAUUAUGCAGAUCUACUCCAGCACAGCCGAUUUGUCGACCAGUACACAGAAGGAACACUGUUCAACAGCGAAUUUGCCCUUGCUUUCAACCUCCAUAUCGACUGCAUUGCACUCGGUAGCCAAGAUGAGCCCAACUUGAUCGAAACCAUGAUACAUAAACUCUAUGAUCUGCAGUAUAAUCCCGACCCAGAAGACUGGAUCACCUUUAGUGCAGACAUGUAUCUGGUCGCCAAGAAAUACGGCUUGGACAAGAUUGCAAAAGUCACUUGGAGAACUUCGGACUUGCAGUCUGCGACGACGUGA